AUGGAUAUCACUAUACUUGAUGGAUGGGAUGUUACAAAAUAUCUAGAAAUAAAACAGUUACUGAAGAACAAAGAUGAUCUUUUACCAAAUAAUACUUUAACCAUAUGUGUUGAUCUAACUGUUUAUGACGAUCAUGAAUCAUUUGCUGGUGGAAAUUCGUUGCAAAUACCACAGCUUAAAAUAACUGAUGAUCUUAAAGAACUCUAUGAUACCAAAAUGAACAGUGACGUUAUUUUAGUUGUGGGUAAUGAAAAAUUUAAAGCUCACAAGCUCAUACUGUCAACUCGAAGUCCUGUAUUUUCCGCAAUGUUCACCCAUGAGAUGAAGGAAAAUAGAGAGAGUGAAGUUACUAUACCUGAUAUAGAUCCGGAAAUUUUCAAUAAAAUGUUGGAGUUUAUUUAUACCGACGAGAUAAAUAAUUUGGAUGCAGAUGCUGCGUAUUUGUUAGAAGCUGCAGAUAAAUAUCAAUUGCUGAACCUUAAAAGUUUAUGCGAAGAAUCGUUAUCUAAAUCAUGCAGCAUUGAUAAUGCAAUUAAACUGAUGAUUUUAGCAGAUCUGCAUAAUGCUAAUCAAUUGCUGGAGUUUAUUUUUGAAUUUAUGAUAAAAAAUAUCAAAGAUAUUACUAAAACUCCAGAGUACGAAGUAUUAGAAAUAACUAAACCAUUGUUAUUAUUAAAAUUAAUCAAGAAAAUAGCAAACUUAAAUGAAAAUUAA